CAGUGAGGGAACCAGCAGCAGCAGCAGCUACUGCAGCGCCAGCAGCAGUCCAUUCCAGGUGUAGAGACUCUCACUGCCACCUAAGGAGCAGCAGGCAACGCCUGCCCAGGGAUUUUGUGCAUCCCAACGUCUUGCCGAGGAGGAACUACCUGCAGGGUGCCAUUGCCACCUUGCCCAGAUUCUCCUCUCCCUACAGCAGGAAAGGACUUUGAUUCCACAAACAAAGCUGCUCAUUGUAAACAGGACACUUGUCAUUGCUCCCUGCAAAUGGAGCCGCUACAAACCGGGAAAGCAUCACCAGCUUGCUGUCUAGGAAAAAGGACACAGCGGAGCACAGAAAAUUGAUAAGGCCGUCUUGACUAACGCUCGGGGGAGGCAGUCCUGAAGUGGCCGUUGCCUUGGCUGGGAAGUUAUGAAGUGCUCACCAAGCAGGAGGAGACCAAAGUCGGGCUUGCUGUGGGCCACCGAAGAACCUCCUGGUGCAGUUGAGUUGGGGAUCAAGCGCUACCAGAAAAGAAGAUGGUGGCAGUGACAUAUGCUCCAAGCAUCCAUUGGCAGUCUUUACUGCUGAGGCACAGGCCACUUUAAAACAGACCUCAGGGGACAAUGGUCAACAAAACUAGGAUUAAUUCUACCCAGGGACUGGAUGCACUUGGGGUAUCCCAGUUUCAGGAGGCCAUUGGCAUUUUCUUUAUGGUCAUGCUGAGUGUCAUUGCCUUGGUGGCCAACACAGCAGUCAUGGUCGUCAUUCUCAAGACACCUCUUCUGAGGAAGUUCAUCUUUGUCUGCCAUCUCUGCCUAGUUGAUUUGUUGUCAGCCAUUUUUGUCAUGCCCUUGGGGAUCAUCUCCAGCUCCACCUGCUUCAACAGAGUAUUAUACAGCAUUGCUGAAUGCCAGACCCUGAUCUUUCUGAACGUUUGCUUCAUCAGCGCCUCCAUCCUCACCAUCUCUGUUAUCAGCAUCGAACGGUACUACUAUAUUGUCCAUCCCAUGAGGUAUGAAGUCAAGAUGACGACUCGGCUGGCAGCCACUGUUGUGCUGUUCAUCUGGAUUAAGUCCAUCCUCAUGGCUGGUUUGGCAUUGGUGGGCUGGCCCCAAGACAAUGGUGCUAGCAGUGCCAGCAAAUGUACUGUCUUCUGGAGCCCUGGAGCCCACAAGAAGAUCUUCGUGAUCAUCUUCAGCACUCUCUGCUUCAUACUGCCCACCUUGAUCAUCUUUGGUGUCUACGGCAGCAUCUACAAAGUGGCCCGGAUUGCAUCCUUGCAGCACGUUCCUGCUCCAUCCUGGACAGCCACUCCUAGGCAGAGGUCGGACUCCAUCCACAGCCAAGUCACUAUCAUCACAACCAGGAAUGUGCCACCCAGGCUGACCCCUGAACGUUUGUUUGGUGGGAAUAAAGCGGCCCUGACAUUGGUCCUGAUUGUAGGCCAAUUCCUGUGCUGCUGGCUCCCGUUCUUCUCCUUCCACCUACACUGCUCCAUCACAUCUGCCUCUUCUAUCCCUGGUUAUGGCGAGAUUGUUGUGACCUGGCUUGCAUAUUCCUCUUUUGCUAUCAACCCUUUUUUCUAUGGGCUACUGAACCGUCAAAUCAGGGAAGAGCUGGCCAAGUUGGGUCGACACUGCCUCAGUAAGCCCCUAACUCAAGAGCUGUGCAUCUCCAGCCCAGAGGGUUCCAUCCAUGAGAACUUCCUCCAGUUCCUUCAGAGGACCAGUUGCACAACAGAGACCCGUUCCAGCUAUGUUAAUUCCAGUCCCAGGAACACUUUGGACCAGACUGCCAUGGGAUUCAGAAUUCCAGGACAAAUCCCGGAAGAAACCAACUGAUGAAAGGACAGAGCAUGUUCACAUCAGUGUCAAA